UCACUCCCUGCAAAAUGCAACACAAAGAAACCGGUCUCACAUCAUCGCAGGCAUUAAAUGUCUUUGCAUAGCAACAAAAUGAAAUGCAACAGUAAUGAAUAUUAUUAAAUUAUCGAAUCAUACAUAGCUCCUUGUAAAACAGAUAUCGGAAUUGAAUUAUUUAAGAUACAUUAAAGCCCCCUCACGCAAAAUGACCUCAGAUGACCGAAAUAUUGUAUAUGACACAUUGGUAGACAAUAACAUACAUCCUUUGUCUGAAAAUUACGUUUUCAUACUACACAUCCUUGGGAGGCUUAUGACUCUGAGUUGUUCAUCGAUGAGGAAGGAAAAGUACUAUUAUAUUCCGGGAGGAAGGGUUGAUGACGUCUGUAGCAUCCUUAAUGUGACUUAUGAAAAAGGCAAAGCCGCCGGAUUCAUGAAUAAAAAUCCGAGGGAAUUAGACCGCAGAACAAAAAGUUUCGGCGAAAGAUAAUAUGUAGACAAAUGCUUACAUUCCUUUUCAGGGAGCCGUGUUUGUACAGAAAUCCGAUAUCUGCAUACUAUAUAUAAAAGUGUGGAGGGCUGGACACGCAAACGGGCACAUACAGAAAGGACAGGGGCGCUUUAGUGAAGAAGUGGCGUGAGAAAGAUUUUAUCUCAUUCCCACCGUCUCAGCCGCGCCCGGAUCGCAUCCACUUCUACUCUCUACUCUGCAAUAGAAUGGCAAUGUCUAGUAAAGCGACUGUAGCGUUACUCAUCUACGGAAUCUUUAUGCACGGCAGCGUCUUCUGCUCACCUAUCGGGCAUAGUUACCCUAAUAUUAGACUUGAAAAUGAGGUUUAUGACGAGGACGGGAAUUCGUUACCCGACAUGGCUUUUGACGGUGAUCAAAUUACUAUACGAAGCCUUCCAUCAGUCACUGACGACGUAUUUACUUUAUACUACCCACCGGAGAAGAGAACGGAGAGGCAUGCAGAUGGGAUAUUUAAUAAAGCCUACAGGAAGGUCUUGGGUCAGUUAUCAGCAAGGAAAUAUCUGCAUUCACUGAUGGCAAAGCGUGUAGGUGGAGCGAGCAAUUUGGAAGACGAUUCGGAGCCUUUGUCCAAAAGGCAUUCGGAUGGAAUCUUCACAGACAGCUACAGCCGCUACCGAAAACAAAUGGCUGUCAAGAAAUAUUUGGCAGCGGUCCUGGGGAAAAGCCCUGAAGACUUUAAUUUUCACCAUAUUCUACAAGACAUAGACUUUGAUGCCCUCCCGGAUGGGGAUGAGUUUGAGGCUAUUUUGGGAGACUGGCUGAAACAGUUCUCUCCCGAAUUUCCGGUGAGUUCCGAGGCUUUUCCCGAGGCCUGUUCACUGGGGCUCCUGCCACCCCUCCCUUUCUCCUCACCUGAACUAUCCCCUCCUUUUUUCCACUCCAAGUAUGCAGUCCGAUUUCCCCCUUUCCUGAUCUGUGUUUCUGUUUUUCUAACAAAAUACAUCGACAUACAAGCAUACAUAUCAUAUAUCUAUGUAUAUGUAUGUAUGUAUCUGUAUAGUAAGAUUUUCUGACCACUUUCCUCUUUUGAAAUCAUGGACAGUGUUGAUAUACGUACCUUAAAGUUACAUCAAAAUAUCAGCGACAUGCAUCCAUUCUCCAGGGCAUGACUGACAUUAGAAACCUAAGGGGAAAAAAAGAGAAUUAUUCAUUUAUCUUUUGUAAGCUCUGUCAUAACGCAUGCUCCAAAGAGGGAAACCUGCAGAACCUACUAGAACAAAUUAAAAGCUUCGGCUUCCUGCAUUAAUGCUCACUCUUAUGAGGGUGGGACUCAACCCUAAAACCAUUUCUCACAAAGUGACAUGUGUUUCUCUCUAAGUGCUGGUCAUGUGUUUAAGAAGCUUCAGAAAACAAGAAAAAAAAAAACCCUUGAAAAGGUUUUAUGUUUUGUUGUUUUUUUUUUUUUUUUUUGUGUUGUUCCUCAUGAAAAAAGUACCAUGGUGGAUCAGCGUGUCUCAAAAUAUAGUCAGACGGCCAUAUCACGGGCAUGUCGCUGUUUUUCUCAAAAGAGAACAAACAACAGUGAAAAUGACACGUGGUACUUUUUCUGUGAGUCGUUUUAAGUUUGGUUAAUCUCACAAACAGUUUUACAACUGGAUUCUUCUGGUCUGUCUGCUGUUCAUAACUUUAUUGUCAUGUAAAACACUGUAAAGAUAGAACAGGUAAUUAAAGUAAUUGUGAUAGCUUGUGAUUACGUGCACCCUAUAUCACUCUUAAGGUUUUUUUUCCUUUCCUCUCACUGAUUUUGCUGAUGUUAUUUCCGCUUCAUUUGCUGUGGUAAAUGUAUGACUUUUUAUUUUAUCGAUUGUGCUGCUUGUCUGCCUCCGUAACGGAGUGUUAAACAUGAAUCAGAAUCCCUCCUCUCCCAUGAGGGUUAAUAGCUCAGGAUAAUGUUGAACAGGACCUCAGUGUCAAUGUUUUUCAGGAUCAGACUUGGGAUUUAAGAGUCCAAUUAUUUGGAAAUUUGAACGAAUCCAUUCUGUACAUUGGACUCUGUGUUUACUGAUAAGUUGUAAAAUUGUAAAAUUGUACUCUGUCUAAAUUCUACACCUUGAAGUUGGGAAAUGACACCAGAUAUCCUAAUUUUUUCACACUAUUUGUUUUUUUUUUUUUCUCAUUCAGAUAAAAAACAAAUUAGGGAAGUCUUGAAAGCCACACCCAGCUGAGAUUGUGUCUUUGAUGGCGUAUUAUAAUCCAUUUUAUGCGAGUGUCCUUUGUAAAUUCCCAAAAAAAACGGUCAGAGAGAAAUGGCCGUGGUUUGCGUGUGUGAUUUGCGAAAAGGUUUGUGAAUAGAGCUCAUUGAGAGAGAGAGAGAGAGAGAGAGAGAGAGAGCAAGCAAGAGAGAGAGUGAAUGAAAGAGAGAGAGAAGCUUACAGCAGAGUAUGCUGAUAUAGCAAGGGAUGGACUGAGCUAACUCAGUGAGAGGGUAAACCCAGACAGGGGCUACCUCCCCCUUUGCCACACUUCCCUAUUGUCUAGACCCCCCCCCCCCCCCCAGCCCC